AUGGUAGAACCAAAGAUUUCCGCCAUAUCUCCACCACAACCCAGCCGUGUAGAACCAAAACUUUGGCAGUAUUGCGCCGGACACUCCGUCAAAAUUCCUAAACUUCAUUCAAAGGUUUACUAUUUCCCGCAAGGUCACUUAGAACAUGCUUGCCUUAAUUUCCCCAACACUGAAACCCUAUCCCUUCUUGAUGGUCACCGUCCUUUCAAUCCUUGCAUCGUAUCGGCGGUUGAUUACCUCGCCGAUCCUCAUACCGAUGAAGUCUUCGUCAAACUGCUCCUAACUCCCAUCACCGAUGGUUGUGUUCACGAACCUCCUGCUGAGGUUCGGGAAGACGAACCUAAAGGUGAUGAGUUUGUUUCCUCUGGAAAGACUCUAACCCUAUCUGAUGCUAAUAACGGUGGUGCAUUCUCCGUACCUCGUUCUUGCGCGACAUCAAUCUUCCCACAGCUUGACCUCGAAACAAAACAGCCAUCUCAAGAACUGUCUGUUACCGACAUUCAUGGCAAAAUCUGGGAGUUUCGCCAUGUCUACCGUGGAACUCCCUUGAGACACCUGAUCACCACUAAUUGGAGUAAGUUUGUGGACGAAAAGAAACUCGUCUGCGGUGAUUCCGUAAUUUUUAUGAAAAAGAAAAACUCAUUUGGAGAUAUCUUUGUCGGAAUCCGUCGGCAUACUAAGUUUGGUGCUGCUAAGAUAACUAAAGAAUCGGUUAUGGAGGCAGUGGAGUUGGCGAAUAAGAACAUCGCUUUUGAAGUUGAGUAUCAUCCUACGGUUGAAGGGUUUUGUGAUUUUGUGGUGGAUGCCAAGGUUGUUGAGGAUGCAAUGAAGAUUAACUGGAAUUGUGGAAUGAAAAUUAAAUUUUCUUUGAAGAAUGAGGAUUCUUCAAAGAGAUGGUCAGUUUUUAAGGGUACAAUAUCCGCUCUCUCAGCUCCUAAUCGUCCAUGGCGCAUGCUUGAGGUUAACUGGGAUGGGCCUGAAAUCCCACAUAAUCCAAAGCAAAGUCCUUGGGAGGUUGAACUAAUUUCUUAUAUACCUGCACUGAAUCUACAAUUGCCCCCAACAAAAAGGCUUAGAGCUGCUCAGGGUUCUACCUCAUUAGAUAAUAUAGAGAGAUCUUCCAUUCCAAUGAUAGAUUUCCAGCAGUCACCAGCAAAAUCCUUGAAUCAAGCAUUGUUGGAUUGUGAUACUUUUAUUGAGGGCAUGCAGAGAGCCCAAGACAAAAAAAAUUCCACAGCAACUACUACCAACUUUUUGAAUGUUAAGGCCAAUGAUUUAAUUGAGAAAAAUUCAAUGGCAAGGUUGGAUAUUGUGUCAAUUGAGUCAAACAUUAGCACUCCUAUAUUUGGUGACUUGUCACCUCUUAACCAUAGCAUUUUGAACCCCUUCGAGACAAAGUUUGAUGGUUCCCAGAAGUGCAACACCAAAGAAGUUAAUCCCGGUUCAUUUAUUCUAUUUGGUAAGAUGAUACAUUUACAUCCUGUUGAAAGUAAUUUGCAUGAUUCUGCUACCAAGGGAGAAGAUGGUUGUAUGGGCUGCAAUAAUUGA